AUGGGAUUUGGUAGAAGCCUGUUCUCCUGGUUCCUUCUGGGUGUCCUAGCGUCGUGGGUCUCGGCCGAACCGUCCUGCAUUCAGGAGGAUGGGUACAAGUACCGCCGCUACAUCUGCAGGGGAUUCGAGUCACCGGAAGACUUUAAGAGUCACGUCAAACUUGAACAUUCUUCCAAGGAAACAUGGUUUUUGCUUUUGGACAGCCACUUGAAACAUAUUUCACCGGAGUCCUUCGCAGGGCUUAACGUGUCCGUCUUAAUUUGGAGCAACGUUACCGUCGACGGAUUCGAUCAGUCGUCGCCCGAAGCUAGUCCUUUCGCGGGACUUGAAAACUCGGUGAAGAAGAUGGUAUUCAGGCGUCAGAGUUCAGUUCCUUUAGACUGGUCCAUGCUGAAAGACAUGAACAAGCUCGAAGAACUUCAUCUUCAAGGUUUCCUAGACCUUAACCUGACGAAGGAUUUUGGCCAGCUGCCGCCGAGCCUAAAGGUGUUGUUCAUUUUUGAUGCGUCUAUAAAUCACGUGGAUCCGGAUUGGCUGGCAUCGCUGACCAACCUCGAAGCCCUCAUCGUUCGUGUCACGAACUUGAACACUCUCAAGAGGUCCAUGCUUCCAAGGCCGGCUCCCAAACUCGCAACAUUGGAUCUCGCUGAGAACCACUUGACGGCGUUUCCGGAGGGACUCGGCGACGAUCUGCCGGCUCUGCGUUUCGUCAACGUCGAGGACAACCGAAUCACAACCCUGGAAGAGAAGGACAUCGCUCCUUUGCACAAGGACUCCGUCCUUGUCCGGAUGAUUGGAAACCCAAUGCAUUGCGAUUGCAAGCUUUGGUUCCUCCUGGACUACACAGACAGGUGGCACUACUUCCUGUGCCGCUCUCCCGAGCCGCACUUCAAUAGCUACAUCAAGAUGCUCACCGAGGCUGACUUGCCGUGCGUCGACAACCCGCCUGCCACGACUCAGGCCCCCGGAGCCCCUUCGCCCGCAUCGCCGUAA